AUGUGGAGCAACAUCUCAUCCUACAGCCUAUUCCCUGUUCUACUGGUGGUAGGAUGGAUUGCUGGCUGCAUCACAGUUGUCUACUUUGUCUUUAUAUUUGCUUGGGUAUAA